AUGCAAUUCCGUGCAUUCGUCCUCGCCGCUCUCGCCAGUGCGCUGCUGUCCGCUGCAAAUGUCGCGGCCAACCCUACUGUCCAUCUCGUCGACGGUGAAAUCCAGGCCGAAGCCGUCGCGCUCGAGGCCCGCAGUGCGUGCGAUGACGCUACUGAGAUCGACAUCAAGUUCGACAUCAACCUCGACGGUGAUACAUUCGCCAAGUGCAACAAUGUCAACUACCAGACGUGGAAAGCCUCGAGCACCCCGAGCGAUUUCAACUGGUGCAGGACGGAGCUGUUCGCAUGCAGCGGCACGCACUUUAGUGGCGUCUGCAACAGGGCCUCCGCAUACUGUGAGGCAGCGCGCCAGUACUGCGCAACGCUGAAGGGAGACUUUGUGUGUUACUGA